AUGUUUAAGUAUAUAUAUGCAUCUGCUAAUGGAAUAGUUGAGAAAUCAAGCAUAUCACCAAAAAUAGAACUUCAUUUAUUGUUAGAUAUUUCACGUGAUAUAAACUCUUCACCAUUAUUAACUUUAUUAAGAAUUUGUGCUAAAAAUGCUCUACAAUUUCCUCUAAGAUCAAUUAUAGUUUUAAAUCAAUUUAAAUCAACACUAUCAACUAAUUUAUUACCUGUUUGUAUUGACAUUGUUGUCAUAGCACCAUUAUAA